UGCUAUCUUCAGUUCUUGCCGGACCGUUGAAAGAGGCGGACAAAUGUGAGCAGAUGCUCCAUGGUUAGUGGCUAAGUUCAUAAAUCAUUUCAGUCUGAUGGAUGGCUUAUUGAAUCUCAAGUGGAUGAACUCAAACUCAUCCCUCAAGUGCUCAAGUGAUCCCUAAGGGCAUAAUCCCAGUAACUUUAGGACUUAUAUCUGGUUACAAAGUGAAUUUAUUGGUGAUGAAUUAAUUAUCUCAACGGUAUUAACCAUCAAUUUCAACACCAAUCAACAGAGCUGAAUGACAACAUUAAUAUUUUUCUAUGACAUUGAUAGGAAAUAAUAUAAUAUAUGGACUUUGUGAGUUUUUUGUUUAACUUUGUGACUUGUGCCAUAGUUUUGUACUAAAGUUCCGUGAGCUGAAAGUGAAAAAGACAAAAUCCUUGACACAAACCAAAUAAAAUGAACAACGAUGUUGCGGAACCUCAUCAACGAAUAAAAAGCAUAAUUUUGCAUAAUGCUAAGUUGCAAUGUGAGUGAUUGGAUAUGAAAAUGCAAUCAAAUUUCACCGUAAAUGACACCACUACGGUGGAAAAUAGCACUGUGACUGUGAUAUUUUACACACCAAUUGUCAAUGAGAAUGUUACUGCAAAUGACACAUCCUCCAUGGCAAUGCAGACGCCAUCCUGGCUUGCGGCAGGUCGCGUCCAGAUACCCCUAUAUGCUGUCAUCUUUCUACUUGCCGUGAUUGGAAAUUCCCUGGUUAUUCUUACUUUGGUACAGAAUAAGCGCAUGAGAACCAUCACAAAUGUCUUUCUUCUUAAUCUGGCCGUGUCUGACCUUCUACUUGGUGUACUCUGUAUGCCAUUCACGUUGGUCGGUACACUUCUUCGUGAUUUUGUCUUUGGAGAACUCAUGUGCAAAUUCCUGCCGUUCCUCCAAGCCGCAUCGGUGGCUGUUUCCGCCUGGACCCUGGUCGUGAUAUCUGUUGAAAGAUAUUAUGCCAUUUGUCAUCCUCUACGAUCGAGACGCUGGCAAACACUCAGUCAUUCGUAUAAAUUGAUUGCAGCUAUUUGGUGUGGAAGUCUCGUGUCCAUGUCACCUAUUGCAUUCUUUAGUCGUCUAAUACCCAUAAGUCAAGGUCAUCACAAAUGUCGGGAGCACUGGCCAGACGAUGCUAAAGAUUACGAACGCAUGUAUAAUUUAUUCCUAGAUGUAUUUCUAUUCGUGCUUCCAUUACUUGUGCUUGGUAUCACAUAUUCCCUGAUUACUCGGACACUAUGGCAGGGAAUGCGGACUGAAAGGAAUCUCAAGAAUAAUCAAAAUUCGGAAAAUCAGUCAACAAAUAACUUGGUUGAGGUGUAUAUUGAUGCUCAAGGGACCCCAGCUAGUAGAUGUCCAUCGAGCUGUCGGUACCAAUCCAGUAGAGACAGUGUUUCCUGGACACAGUUACGGAACCACUGGAGUCAAGAAUCUACACGUUCCCGAAUGGCCGUGGGCUCUGUGAGAAAAUAUGCACCGGGUUUAAGAAGGUCGAAUGCUGAGAAGAGCUUACUCAACAAGAAACGUGUGAUUCAGAUGCUGUUUGUGGUGGUUCUGGAAUUCUUUAUAUGCUGGACACCGCUGUAUGUUAUCAAUACAAUGGUGCUGUUUGAGCCCGGUAUCGUGUACAACAACCUAACCUCAACGGAAAUCAGUUUCUUUCACCUCUUGGCGUAUACGUCAAGUUGUUGCAAUCCAAUAACAUAUUGCUUUAUGAAUCGUGGUUUCCGAAAGGCCUUCCUCAAUCUCUUUCGCUGCUUCAAGAGGCUUCGGGAACCACGGCGAAUUAGUCUGGGCGGUGGAGGAAUGGGUUUUGGUGGCGGUAUCGGUGGACCUGAUCAACGAAGUGAGGCAGAAACAACGAAACUCCACAACAACCAUCGCCUCUGCACGGACAGUUCCUAUUGAACUGCAUUCUUUGUAUGUUGUGUUUAAUUCCUGUAAAGUACGUACUCUUUCAAGUGAUUGUAUUAAAUUUGUUAUUAAUAAUAAUAUUUGAAUCAUUUGUUAAUUUGACGAAAUCAAAAAUACACAAUUUCACAUCUUUGCGGAUUUACUAUUGAACCUUAAUGUUCGCAUUCAACUUGUUCACGAAAAUAAAGCUGAAUUCCAAUCAUA